AUGUGAAUGGAGUCCCUGUCUGCAGCGAGAUCCGUGGACAGUUCGGGAUUCUCGGUAACAUCAAAAUCAACGACCAGUCCAACCAAGUGGUAGACGAGAAUAAACUGGAGUUUUCGGCUGUGAUUGGAGUGGAUGAGUUUUGUCCAGUUGGAACCCAGGUGAAGUUGCACGUGACUGCCUACCACAUUGACGCCACGACAGCCAGCACCAUCGAAGUAUCCCAGACAACUCAGGACAUAUUCGUCAUUGCUAGAUCUUUACCUUCUCCUGGUAAAAACAUCUUCACACGGAUGUAUCAUUUCGAAGAGGGGGAAUUACUGAUGACUCGAGCCAAUGUCACUUCCUUAAAGCCAAAGCGCUUCAUCCUCGAAGUGUGCCUUGAUGACUACAUGACUGACGAACUCCAAGUUGUCGUCGAGUCUCGGAUGAUGGCCGAACCCCCCGCCUCCCGCAGGAGAGAUGUCAGCAACCCGGGAGAGGGAGGGGCCGCGUUUACUGUUGUCGGCAUGCAUUUGUGGGAUACCGGGAGCGAUAUUUACGGGGCAUUUGAUAUGCAUGAAACCAUGGAUGCGACUUUUAAAGCGUUCUUGAACAAGGAGGAGCCGGACAUCCUGGGGUUCCAGGAAAACGGGGCCCAGCUGAAUCUCGGCAUCUUAUCGCAUAUACCCAAUGGUCGAGAUGCUAUCCAAUCAAUCAACCAGGAAUCCACUGGAACUAUUUCGAACUCAGUUCUGAUUGCAAUCGACGUCGUAUUGCAGGACGAGAAGUUCAUAAUUGAAGGGGAUGACAAAGUGCCUCUGUCAUUCAGUGUACACGCCAAAGAGCACCAGUUGGUUUCGGCACAGUCGGUCGAGUUUAACCCGGAGUUUGACCCAGAUCGGAAGCCGAUUGUCUGGAUGAAUUUGACGAGUUACUUUUUAGUGCCACGAGAGGCGUUGCCAGGAGACCGAGGAGUUUAUAUGGUCGAGAUUUUCCACGAUUGUAAUUCGACAGCCGAGGCACGAGACUUGAAAGUGACUGCACACCUACCCGAUUAUGCUCACUUCGUCUCGGCUGAUUGGAACAACAACUUCGGCCGUUCGGCUUCAGAUGUCGACAGCGAGUCGAAUUCAGUCGGGUUUACGUUCCACAGCAUGCACAAAUCCGAGAUCAUUCGGUUUAAUGUCACUUUCGAGUUUGCGGAAACUCAUCCGUACUUCACGACUGCUCGGAUUUAUUUCACGGCCCUUCCGAUCGAGCAUUCGUAUAAGAUGUUUCCGAGAGAUACCGACACUCGGGAUCCGGAUACAGUUUACUCUCCCAAAAUAAGCACCGAGUUGAUCCAGCUGCAAGUACAACAGUCCUCGUGUGACAGUUUGAUUGACGUGCACGACUUGAACGCCAAUAAUCCAUGCCAAUUCUCCGCCUCCACAUACCUGGACCCCCUAGUGUACCCGGCCACAGAGAGUUUCCUGCUGAGCGACAGUGGCUACAAGUCCAGCAACUGGGGAGGACAGUACUCCACUGCGCAGAAGUUCAAGGUGGCUCUGGUGGAUGACUUCUACGUGGCGAGGAUCUAUGUCAACCUGGACACUACCGUGAAAAAGUUCAAGCUGCUCUACAGCACCGACAUUGAGGGUCAGUACUGGAGGGAAUAUCAAGAACUUCAGGAGUGGAGAGAGUUCGACAUGGCCAACGCCUACCUAUCCUCGGAUCCGGCUCACUCCCAUCCCGUGCAUCAAGUGGGCUACUUCGACAUCCGAGUCCUCACCCGACUCAAGUGGGUCCAAUUCGUGUUCACCGAGAUAGAAUCCUCCUCUUCUGGAAUCCUGUGGAGGUUCGAACUGUCAGGAUGCAAACCAGGAGACUCAGUAGAAGGCGAUUACAUCAGGGCCUGUGGGCUGGACUCGUCGGAGGCUGUGCGUCCCGAAUUCUACACUCGAGGCUUCAUUGCCGACCCGGACAGCAGGGCACUCUACGUUUGUGAACAGAACCUCAACAAGGAAAACAGUAUUGAUUGUUUUCGGAUGACGAUUGUCAACGGACAAUUUCUCUGGACCGAGAUGAGCAAGAACAUGGCGGGAGUGAUUGGGUACUUGGUGGAACCAGAGUACCAGAUGUUUGCGAUCGGUAGGAGCCAGAAAACAUACCUGGCAUCUUCUGACACGGGAAAAACCUGGAUCACAGUUCCCACUUAUGAGUGGUGGGAUGCGAGGGCACAGAGUCCCGCCAAGUUCAAGACUGUCAAAGUGAUGCCGGACAAUCUGCCGCUGCAGAGUGUGGACGACCCCACCGUCAACUGGGCGGUGCUGGGGCUGCAAGACGACUGGUACGGGGUGGAGAAGUUCCGGGCCAACCACAUGGGGGUGCACAUCCAACCCAAUGAGGGCGAUCCCUGGAAACUAAUCUACAACUGGGGGUCAAGUUGCUGCUCUAAUUGACAAGAUAAACAUUUGCAGACAUUUCAUGACAAACUGAUGACAAUUUGAAGAGAAUUUAUAAGUGCGGAGAAAACACGACAACUUACCAAUCUUAACACAUUGG